AUGAGAAGGCCGGGUAUCUGGGACGACAUGGGAGGCAGAGGCGGCAGGGCAGAGCAGGUGCGGUGCGCGAGACCAGUGGAUUCGCGGGUGUGGCUUGUGCACGAAGCGGGGUUGAUAGUACCGAGUACGAGGUGGAGGGUGGGGACGUGGAGAUCGAUGUGCCACGUGGCAGAAAGGCGAGGUUUCGUUGAUGGAGACGAGCGGAACGGGAGAAGAGGAAAGGAGGGGAAGGGGAAAAAAAGAGAGAAGGGGAAGGGGAAAAGGUUAGCGGAGGGGAAGGGGAAGAGUGGAAAUGAGGGAAAGGGGAAAAGAGGAGGCGAGGGGAAGGGGAGAAGAGGAGAUGGGGAGAAAGGGAACGAAGCAGAUGAAAGGAAGGGGGGUGAGGAGGGGCAGGAGCAGGCAGGUGGUGCGGAGGAUGGGAGGAAGGGGAGUGAAGGAGUAGUGGGUGCGGAAGCCGAGGGCGCUGAUGGGACGAGGCUGCACAGCCGGCGGAGGAGGGGGAGGCCACGGGCAGUGGUCUCUGAGCGUGGUGCUGCUGUCCCGUCUGCCGGUGGUGGCAAUGAAGCGGACGGGCGGGGUGGUGGCAGCGGUGGGGGUGCUGGUUGGAGCGAUGGCGGUGUGAGGGAGCAGCAGCAGGAUGAGAUGGGUGGUGCUUCCGAGUUGAAGGAGCUCCAUGAUGAUACCGCUUCCCUUACCACCUUCUCCUCCACCCUCACACCCACCCCCACCGCCAACCCCACCCCCAUCCUCAUUCCCGCCUCCUCGCCCCCCCUUUCUCUACACGUGCAGUUCCAAGACCUCUACUCCUCCCACCUCGCGCACAUCGCGCCGCCCUUCGCCUCGCACCGGGCCACGAGGGACAACGCCAUGGCGCUGCUCGCCCUGCACCCCCCGCCCGACACCCUCGCUGCCAUCUUCCGCGCCUGCUCCUCGCUCUUCCUCGUGCCCCUCACCCACCGCAUCCGGGCAGCUCUUGAGAUCUUUUCUGCCCACGGGCUGCCCGAGUCGCUGUUUCUGAGUGUUAUCCGGCGGGUGCCCGAGCUGAUUCUGGAUGCCCGGCUGGAUGACCAGGUGUUGCACUUCCUCUUCCUGCACCUCCCUCCCCCCACUGUCGCCAAGCUGCUGCACUCUGCCGCCUGCCGUGUCUUCCGCACGCCCCUGCCCUCCCUCCUGCUGCACCUUUCUGCAAUGCACUCUAUCCUCUCCCCCCCUCACUCCCUCCUCUUCCGCUACCCACUCGCCCUUCGCUUUUCUCCUGAGAUUCUCAAGCAGAGGCUUUCCCGAUUGGCUGAAAUUGUGCCGCUGACAGAAGCGCAGGAGGGGAUUGGAGCAGUGCUCUCCCUCGUGCGCAAGCAACCACACAUCCUCCACGCCAGAAGGGAAACCAUGCAGGAGGUGGUAACCACACUCACCACUCUCUUUGGCCCACAAGGCACCUCCUAUGUGCUCUCCCGCCACCCAGCCCUGCUCACUGUCUCUCCUCGGACAAUAGAAGAGGCCAUGUUCGCACUUAUCGACAUUUUUGGAGAGGAAGUUACCCUAGAUAUGAUUCAGCGCGAGCCGGGGAUUAUACAGGUCCGGCAUAGCACACUCCGGCCGAAGAUUGAUUUUAUUCUGGAGGAGAUGAUGCGCAGCAAGGAGGACAUCAGGGUGUGGCCAACCGUUCUGCUGCGCAGCCUGCCACGGGUGCUGGUGCCUCGGUACUUCCUGGUGACGAGGAAGGACCGCCAUGCUGCCAGGGUGCUGUCUUUGCCGUGCCUCUUCAGCAACUCUGACGUGCGGUUCAGAAGGAGAUGGGAGGUCAGUGAUGCGGACUGGAGUAAGGCGCUUAUGGUGGGGGAAGUCUGGGAAGCAAGGAGGAAGGAGAAGGGUGGGUUGGCCGGUGCAAAUAAGUGA